GCUUACACAAAGCUUCAGGUGCAAACAACUUGAGGAAGGGGGAGGCCAUUCACUAGCUUUUUUAGCUACACGCACCUAGCUACUGUUAGCUAGCCGGCGGCUAGCGAGCGAGCUAAAACAACAGUAAAGCUUAAUGUCUCCUUUCUUAUCAAGUGAUGGCAAGAGAACCGUGUUCACAAACCGAAGCUGAAUUGUAUUACCUCAUUGCCAGAUUUCUGCAGUCAGGACCGUGUAAAAAAGCAGCACAGAUUCUGGUUGAGGAGCUCGAAGAGUUCGAGUUGGUCCCGCAACGAUGGAGUUGGGACGGGAAGAAAUACAGACGGACCUUUCAAGACUGGAUGACAGUAAACCAACACAUUCCUGCAGACUAUUUGCUUCGAGUCUGCCAGCGCAUCGGGCCACUAAUAGAGAAGGAGAUCCCACCUAGUGUUCCUGGAGUUCAAACUCUUCUUGGUUUGGGAAAACAGUCCUUGCUUCGUACGACCAAAAGUUGUUGCAAAAAAGUUUGCAGUGGCUCAGCUGUUGCUGCUCUCCAUAGAGGACGCCCACCAGAACCACCAGUCAGUGAUGGAAAUGCUCCCAGUGUUGUGCCCAUCAUAGGUGCUCGCCAGGCUACUGGCACAGCUCGCUUUGGCCAGGUCCUGCCAUCUUCAUCCUAUCAGCACAUGAAAAUACACAAGCGCAUUCUUGGCCACCUUUCUUCAGUGUACUGCGUAGCCUUUGACCGCACUGGCCGACGGAUUUUUACUGGUUCCGAUGACUGCCUAGUGAAAAUCUGGGCCACAGACGAUGGCCGACUCCUGGCGACCCUCCGCGGUCACUCGGCAGAGAUCUGCGACAUGGCUGUGAACCACGAGAACAGCCUCAUUGCCUCAGCCAGCUGUGACAAAGUCAUACGAGUGUGGUGCCUCCGCACAUGUGCACCCAUCUGUGUUCUGCACGCCCAUGCAGCUUCCAUCACAUCCAUACAGUUUUGUCCUGCGGCCAAAGGGACUGCACGCUACCUUGCGUCAACAGGUGCAGACGGGAUGGUGUGCUUUUGGAAGUGGCACGCCCUCAGCCUGAAAUUCAAUGAUCAGCCAGUCAAAUUUCUUGAACGAUCCAGGCCUGGAGUCCAGGUUUCCUCCUCCUCUUUCAGUAGCGGCGGCAUGUUUAUGGCUACUGGCAGCACAGAUCACAUGAUCAGGGUCUACUACCUCGGUGCAGAAACUCCCAUGAAAGUCUCUGAGAUGGAUGCUCACACGGAUAAAGUUGCAGUUGUCCAGUUCAGCAAUAACAGUGAGAGCUUAAGGUUUGUAAGUGGAAGCCGUGAUGGCACAGCUAAGAUCUGGCACUACCAGCAGCAAGAGUGGAAGAGCGUUACUUUAGACAUGGCUGCCAAGCUACCUGGAAGUACUGCCACCAAUGGAGACGAUAAGGCCAAGCUGGUGGUGACCAUGGUGGCCUGGGAUCGCACAGAUACCACAGUGAUCACAGCUGUGUCAAACUACCUCCUCAAAGUGUGGAGCUCAGCAUCUGGGCAGCUGCUGCAUGUUUUAUCUGGACACGAUGAUGAAGUGUUUGUGCUGGAGGCUCACCCCUUCGAUCCUAGAAUCAUGUUGUCUGCGGGCCACGAUGGCAACAUUUACAUCUGGGACCUCACUAGAGGAGUCAAGAUCCGCAACUUCUUCAACAUGAUCGAGGGUCAGGGCCAUGGUGCUAUAUACGACUGCAAGUUCUCCAUCGAUGGGCAGCAUUUUGCCUGCACUGACUCACACGGCCAUUUGCUCAUCUUUGGCUUUGGCUGCAGCAGACCAUAUGAAAAGAUUCCUGACCACAUGUUUUUCCACACGGAUUACCGACCUCUCAUCCGCGACUCUAAUAACUACGUUCUGGACGAGCAGACACAACAAGCUCCCCACCUGAUGCCCCCUCCCUUCUUGGUGGAUGUCGAUGGAAACCCUCAUCCUCCUCACUUCCAGCGCCUUGUCCCAGGGAGGGAGAACUGCAAGGAUGAUCAGCUAAUACCCCAGCUGGGAUACAUGGCUAACAGUGAUGGAGAGUUGGUGGAGCAGGUACUUGGGCAGCAAACGGCAGAAAAUGGCGAAAGCUUAUUGGACAGCCUCAUCAGACAGUUACAGAAUGAGCAGGAUGAAAGACAGAAUGCUGAACAGCUGGUUGAUGCAGAAGAUGUUGCUGAUGACGCAGAGAUGGUGCCCUCCUCCCCGGCUGUUGAAUCUCGCAGAAGUAGGCAGGUCGAUGGGGUGUGGCAAAUGCAGCAUAACUCUCUUCAAAGUCAGGUGGCCACUGAGAGGGACCUGCUGGCCUGGAGCCACAGAGUUGUGGUCAAUGAGAUGCCACACGGGACCUUCAGGAUUUCAGAGGAAAGCAGACGAGCCAAAAGUGAACUGGAAUGUUCUCUUUACAAUGCAGAGAGGAAGAAAAAACCUCUGAUGAUCACAGACAAGAAUAAUCCAUUAGCUACUCGGCUGCGCUCCUUGCGACCGACCAAGAAGAAACAGCAAGGCCACUCCUAUCAGACCCGCUCGGCUCAAGUGCGCCGGCCUGCGACGAGGAGUCGAAAUCUGAGCACUCGGCGCAACUCUGAGAGCCAGAUAGAUUCGGAGAACGGAGAUACAGCAGAACAGAGAGGGCAGUCUGAAGCCUCCUCUGAUGAGGAGUCUCAGUGGCAGAGUGAAAGCAGCUCCAGUGAGUCAUCUAGCGAAUAUUCCGAUUGGACAGCCGAUGCUGGCAUAAACCUCCAGCCACCCAAGCGACCAACCAGGAGGCUUGUGCAGCCCUCAGGAUACAGCAGCUCUGAGGAGGAAGAGGGUGGCGAUGAGGCCAAGGAGGCAAAGAAAAAGGAAAACGAGAAGAGGAAAAAGCCUAAAGUGACCAAACAGAAACCACCUUCUUCUCUGGCUGGGCUCAAUGCUGAAGAGUGGCUGCCACCAUCAUGGAUCAUGGAGACCGUCCCCAAUCGCUCUCCUUUUGUUCCACAAAUGGGAGAUGAACUCAUCUACUUCAAGCAGGGCCAUCAGGCCUACAUGCGGGCUGUUCGGAGAGCCAAGGCCUACAGUAUCAACCCCCAGAAACAGCCAUGGAACAGAUUUGAUCUCAGGGACCAGGAAUCUGUGAAGGUCGUAGGAAUCAAGUAUGAAGUGGGACCUCCCACCCUCUGCUGCCUAAAGCUGGCUUUCUUAGACCCCGUCUCAGGGAAAAUGACCAAUGAUUCUUUCUCUUUAAAAUAUCAUGACAUGCCUGACGUCAUAGAUUUCCUGGUACUUCAGCAGUUCUACAACGAGGCUAGAGAGCACAACUGGCAGCCAGGAAUGAGGUUCCGCAGCAUCAUCGAUGAGGCCUGGUGGUUUGGGUCCGUGGAGGAUCAGGAGCCUCUGCAGCCAGAAUAUCCGGACAGUCUGUUUCAGUGCUAUGCUGUGAAAUGGGACAAUGGGGAACGAGAAAGAAUGAGCCCCUGGGAUAUGGAGCCCAUACCAGAGGAAGCUCUCCUGCCAGAACACGUUGGCGAUGGUGUGGAAGUAUCGGAGGAUGAGCUGAAAGCUCUGCUCUACAGGCCACAGGAAGGAGAAUGGGGCGCCUUCACGCGAGACGAGGAGUGUGAGAGAGUCAUCUGUGGCAUUGAUCAGCUUCUUACGCUCGAUGUAGCGAAGGCGUUUGCAUCACCGGUAAACUUGCAGGACUACCCUUUAUACUGCACCGCCGUAGCUUACCCCACCGACCUCAGCACCAUCCGCAAACGGCUGGAGAAUCGCUUCUACAGGCGGAUCUCUGCUCUAAUGUGGGAGGUGCGCUACAUCGAACACAACGCUCGCACCUUCAAUGAACCCCAAAGCCCGAUUGUAGCAGCUUCGAAGGUGGUUACCGAUGUCCUCCUUCAUUACAUUGGAGACCAGAGCUGCAUGGACAUCUUGGAGUUGUAUCACAAACUGAAGUCUGAGGUCAGCAGUGGAGAAGAAGCUGAGGUUGACUUGGAUGUAGACUCUGACACUCCAGGAACAUCUACAGGACGUCUGGGCUCUAAGUCCAGCUCCAAGAAGCGAGGUGUGGUUUUGGAUGUGACGGCAUGGCAGGGUCAGUGCAGAGAGCUGCUGCGGCGGAUGCUGGCUUCCCCGGAUUCAGGGCCGUUCAGGCAGCCUGUCGACCUUUUUGAGUAUCCAGACUAUCGGGACAUCAUUGACACUCCCAUGGAUCUGGGCACCGUGUCCGAAACGCUGGUGGCAGGAAACUAUGAAAACCCAAUGGAGUUCGCCAAAGAUGUUCGACUCAUUUUCAGCAAUUCAAGAGCUUAUACACCCAAUAAGAAGUCCCAGAUCUUUACUUUGACCCUCACCUUGUCGGCCUACUUUGAGAAACGCAUAAUCCCCAUAAUCUCUGACUACAAGUCUGCCAUCCAAAACGAACGGCGCUCUCGCCAGAGAUUGAAUUACAGGAGCAGAUUACAAAAUGGAAGCAACUCUCAACCCAACAGGCCGCCAUCCAGCCCAAAGAAACGGCAGCGGUCGGGAAAGACGUCAGAACUAAAGAAAUCAGCAGCAAAGAGGCGGUGCCAGAGAUCGUAUCAGGUUAACCAAAGCGGCAGCAUAGCAGAGGAGGAGGAGGAGGAGGACAGCCAAGCUUCUUCAGCGAGUUCAGAGACGAGUGUGGAAAGCAGACCUCCGCAUCGAGCAAAUCGCAGCAAAGCAGCGCCAGUCAAUAAGCGAGGGAAGCGGCAAAACUUUAAUCCAAACAAAGACGGUAGACAGCAGCGUGGGGAGGAACCUGAAGACCACGACAAGGAGGUGUCCAGCUCCAGUAGUUCUUCGUCUGAGUCGUCAUCAACGUCGUCAUCGUCUUCCUCCUCUUCCUCAUCCUCGUCGUCCUCAGACACGGGGAGCAGCUCUGAGUCUGAGGUGGAGAAGUUUGUGGAAGGUGGUGAUCACGACUACAGCAAAGCCCCCUGCCAGUCACUGCGCCUGUCGCUGAAGGGGAAGCUGGUGUCUUUAGGGAAAAGGAAAGCCAGAGCAGAGGAGGAGAGGCCACAGAUACUGAAACGGACACGGAUACAGCUUCCAGCUGAGGAGGAAGAGGAGGAUGAUGAUGACGAGGACGACGAUGAUGCAGAAGAGGAUGAAGAAGAAGAAGAGGAGGAGGAAGAGGAGGAAGAAGAGCAGCAAAUACAAGUAAGACAUGUACAAGAAGUAGAACCUGAAGAGGAGUCUGAGGAGGAAGAGCCUGAGGAGGAGGAGGAAGAAGAAGAAGAGGAGGAGGAGGAGGAAGAAGGAGAAGAUGCUAACUCUGAAGGGCAGGAAAGACCAGCAGCUGCAGCGGCCUCGGCCUCUGCGGCGAAUAAGCCGAGAGGAAGCCGGUGUCGGUCCGGGAGGGUGAACACUCGCAACCAAGGCCGCAGGACAGUGGUGUACAGGGACGAGUCCGAAGACGACGGCCACGGCUCAAAGGACGACCCGCUCAACCUGGGCAUGUCCCGCUCAGGACGGGUUCGCCGCAUGACUGAGAAAGCUCGGGUCAGCCAGCUGAUGGGCUGGAGUCACUGACACGCUGCCCUCAUCCCCAACCUCAAUUCAAAAAAACUUUCACGUGAAAAUCAGGGAUUUUUUUUCUUUUUUUUUCUACAAGUGUUUGUACAUAUAUGAUAUAAAUAUAUAUAAAUAGAGAUUGUUUUCUUUAUCUGAGAAUGCGUAUAACUCUCAUACUGAAAGAUGGUGCUCAUGAACUGUUGCCAUGGAUUUUUCCUCCUCGGUCAACAGAGCUUCUGCUCAGCAGGGACCCCCCGCCCCCCCUCCAACUGGACUAACUCACUUUGGCCUUAUUACUUGCUCGAGGAGCAUCAGUUUUCUUCCCCCCCUAAUGCUUCUUUACCAUCAUGGAUGUUUUACUUCCACUGCAAAAACACUAUAUUUCCUCUCCAAUAAUGUCAUAAACUGGUCACCAAAGAAAGAUACAAAGAUGCCAAAAGGAAAAAAAAAAAAAAAAAGGUGCUCAUUUUGGAUCUUUGUGAGGGACUGAACCCAUUCGGUCAUCGUGGGACAGGUGCAGUCUUGUUUGUGGUUGCAGGCUUCACAACAGCAUGCCUUAGUUUUUUUUUUUUGUUUGUUUUUUUCUUUUUCUAGAACUUGCAGUAUAAUUGUGCUGUUAGAGUAGACUGGUUUGAAGAUGCUGUGAAAAAGCGAGUCGAGUAAAAUCCCCUCUGGACAUAUGUGAUUUGUGAAUGUCUAAUUCCCGCUCUUCCUUUGUCUUGAUGUUUUUUUUUUUAAUCCUAAUUUUUGUUAUUUAAGUGAUUUUUUUCCUUUAUUUUUUAAAGUUUUGUAGCAUUUUUUUUUUAGCAUUCAUAGUUGCUCCUCCUACUUCCAGGCUGUCUGAAGCAAAAGGUUUCCUUGUACAAAUCUUCCACAGAUAUAUUUAUUUUUUUUAUUUGAAUAUCCUUGGCUCACGUUCUCUAUUUUGUAUGAUAAUACUUGUGUGGAAAGGUAGAUAUUUGCACAUUGAUCUACUCCAUGUGGCAGCUGAGAAUAAAGAUAGUACAGAUUUAUGACCUCAUGAUUUCGUCUAAGACUUUGACCUGUGCCAGCACACUUUGAUUUCAUAAAAGUCUCUUUCAUCCAGUGCAGAACUGAAGAACAAACUGCCAUUUUCUUCUCCCCUGUGUUUUCAUCCAUCAGGGACCUUCUAAUCGCUACAUCUUGUUUGUUUCAUGAUUCUUAACCGAUCACACAAUUAUUCCUAUUUUUAUGUGUGUUCAUAAUGUUUACAUUAAAUUUUGCACUAUUGUGCAAACACUGCUAAAGUCAUUGGAGGCAGUGCUCAGUCAGAUGAUAAAAAAGAUGAGUCACAUUGUCGUCUCGGCAGCGGCUGCUUGAAUCCAAACGUCCUCUUUCAUCGGUGUGAGAGCGAGCUUGUUUUUUCGGUGCCGAAUUCUCAGAAAUAAAACUCAAAUUGGCAUUAAAAUGUAGGAAAAAAACAGAAUUCACUGGUGUCCUAAAAAUGUUGACUAAGAUUGUUAUUUGGAUUUUUUUUUCAUUGUAAACCAAGCUUAGUCUUGCUUGAUGCAUCAUGAUGAAAUGAUUACAUGUAGAUGGAUGAAGCUUAUGUGAGCGUGCUUUAUACGAAAUGUUUUUGACUGUCUUAUUUUUUAAUAAAAUGUUCAAACUUUAAAAA